GUCAACGUCCUUGUGGCCGGAGGACCACAUCGACGCAGGCGUACAGCCACGACCACCUCCGUUUCUCCCAAGUUGUGUCCCAAGAAAUCUCCAUUUCUUGAAGAAACCGGGCAACAGAUAAAGAAGGCGAUUAUGACAGACAUGGAUCCUGACGAGACCCAGUCCGUGCCGUUGCCGACGGCAACAGAAGAAGAGCCGUUCCUGGGGCUGACGGACAUCUUCCUGGUGUGCAUGAUCCUGGGCCUGACCAUCUACUGGUGGUUCUUCAGGGACAGUAAGUCUGCCACACCACAACAACUGGUCAAGCCACUCACUGUGGUUCCAUUGUCAACUGCAAGCAGAGAUCCAAGCUUUAUCAACCGCAUGAAGAAAACGAAGAAGAACGUAGCAGUGUUUUACGGCUCACAGACGGGUACAGCUGAGGAGUUUGCAGGCAGACUAGCGCGGGACUGUAUACGCUACGGCAUGAAGGGCUUUGCCGUGGACCCUGAGGAGUGUGAAAUGGAUGAGCUGACCAGAAUGGGGGAGGUAGAGAACUCCUUCGCUCUCUUCUGUUUGGCGACGUACGGCGAGGGUGACCCGACAGACAACGCACAGGAGUUCUUUGAUUGGCUACAGGAGGACCACGACCUCAGCGAGCUUAGAUACGCUGUGUUUGGGUUGGGAAACAAGACCUAUGAACACUUCAACGCCAUGGGGAUAUUUGUGGACAAGCGUCUGGAGGAGCUGGGAGCUGUCAGACUCUGUAAAGCCGGCAUGGGAGACGAUGAUGCUAAUAUUGAGGAGGACUUUGUAACCUGGAGAGAGACGUUGUGGCCAGCGGUGUGUGAACACUUCGGUAUCGAAUCUGUGGGAGAAGAGGGAGUGAUGAGACAGUACACACUGGAGACACACGAGGACAUCAACCAGAACGAGAUCUUCACAGGAGAACCCACCAGGCUCAACUCACUCACACAGCAGAAACCACCUUAUGAUGCCAAGAACCCGUACAUGUCCUCUGUGAAGGUGAACCGAGAGCUGCACAAGGGCGGAGACCGGUCGUGUAUGCACAUCGAGUUUGACAUCUCAGGGUCCAGGAUAAGGUACGAGGCAGGAGACCAUGUGGCCGUGUACCCCACCAACGACCCUGCUAUGGUGGAGGAGAUCGCUCACCUGCUCAAUGUCAACCUGGAUGACGUCUUCACUCUCAACAACGUGGAUGAUGAGGCCGCCAAGAAGCACCCGUUCCCGUGCCCGACGACAUACCGUACUGCUCUCCUGCACUACGUGGACAUCACCCACCCGCCGCGUACCAACGUCCUGCACGAUAUCAUUGACUACGCCUCCGACCCUAAGGACAGGGAGUUCCUCACCAGGAUCACUGCCUCGGCUGGGAAGAAAGAGUUUGCAGAGUGGGUGACAGACAGUCGGCGGGAUAUCCUACAGAUCCUGAAGGACCUGCCGUCCCUCAAGCCGCCUGUAGACCACCUGUGUGAGCUCCUGCCUCGUCUGCACGCACGCUACUACUCCAUCUCAUCCUCUCCUAAGGAGCAUCCCGAGAGAAUCCACAUCACCGCUGUCCUGGUGGACUACCACAGUAAGCUCAACCGCAGGAUAAAGGGCGUGGCCACCAACUGGCUUGCCACCAAGAUCCCCAACGGUCCCGACGGCCCCCGUGUCCCCAUCUACGUCCGCAAGUCCCCCUUCCGCCUCCCGUUCAAGACCACCACCCCCGUCAUCAUGAUCGGACCCGGGACUGGCCUCGCUCCGUUCAGGGGGUUCAUACAGGAGAGACAUCACGCCAAGACCGAAGGCAAACCUAUUGGAGACACGGUCCUGUUCUCUGGCUGCCGGAAGAAGUUGGAAGACUACAUCUACCAGGAGGAGCUGGAGGGUUACGAGCGGGACGGGACGCUGUCUCAGCUCAACAUGGCGUUCUCCCGCGACCAGGCGCAGAAGGUGUACGUACAACACCUGCUCAAACAGCAGUCAGAGUCCGUCUGGAACCUGCUGAACGACGGAGCUCACCUUUACGUGUGCGGAGAUGCCCGUCACAUGGCACACGACGUGGACAUGGUACUCCACGACAUUGUGGAGGCGAGGGGAAACAUGACCCAGACUCAGGCCAAGGACUUCAUCAAGGGGCUCAGGAACAAGGGCAGAUACGCCUGCGACGUCUGGAGCUAAAACAACAACACGGACCCCUUUUUUUGGCUACACCUCUGGGGCGGAGACAUUUUUAAACACAGGCCUUGGUUUGUACAGAUAUGGAAGAAACCACUAGGGGUUUUUUAAAGCAUUCUUCCAUUUCUUUUUGUUAGAACCAACAACUUGAGAAGGAUCCAAGUUCUCAGUACGGAGUUUGAAUAGGCCUUCAAAGAAUGUUCAAGACCAUACAAUUCAUGUAUGGGGUACAACAGGAAGGAUAGUGCUUUGUAUAAAAAGUGUGAAAAGAUUUGCAAAAUUGUGCUCAAAAUGUAGACUUUCAGAAAAAAAAUUGCUGGUGUUGGUGACCUUGAAAAAAAUCAGUAUAAAUACACAAAUGUAUUCUCAUACUUCAAGCAUCUUUGGCCUUCCAUUGUCAACCAAGAAGUUGUGAAUAUACAAAGUGUACAUCAUGGGCUUCUUGAGUAUUUUAUGCUCAAGUAAUGAAAAUGUUAUAAUAAGUCAUCUACAGUUAUUGAUAAAACACAAUGCUUUAUCAAUAGCUGAUAGUACUAUAAUAUAAUUCACUGCAUUGAGUCUUCUUUACUCCAUAUUAUUCAUAGGAUUACAUACACUAGAAAUACAUUACUUGAGGUAUGUCACAUCAAGAAGAUAAUUUCAACAACUUUUAAGUUAAAAAAAAUUAAGCUGCCGAUAGUGCUACCUUUUCAAGUACUGUUUUAUUUAAAGACUUUCUGUUGUGAUAUGAUAACAUUGAGCUAUGAUAACUCUGGUAUAUUCAACAGUAUCCCUGAAGUUAGGGUUAUUCCAUUCAUGGAGCUUAGGGGAGGGCUAAAUGAGGUCUGGAAGAUUCUUCAAAAUCAAGUACAGGGUAAUUCUUGUUAACAUUUCCUGACCACUCCUCAAGCUUUCUAGAUGGACUUGACCUUACAUAUCUCCAGCUUUUUUUACGCACAGCCAAAGACAGCACUGCAAAUGUAGUUCUUAGUUCAAGCUCAAAAGUAAUUCAUUUCCAAUA